AUGGGCUGGUUGUGGAAUUCCUCGCCUCCCAAGGAGACCUCUCCGCUCCCUCCAACACCUUCCCCUCCGCAACAACAGCCUCCGUCAGACCCUCAAACGCCCGCUUCCCCGCCGCCGCCGCCGUUGACUCGCGAAGAACAAGCCGAUGCGGAGUUCAAGAAACUGCUCGCCAGCCUAGAAGGCGACAUCAACAGCGGCUCUCGAAAAGACUCGCAACAGACAUCAUCCACAACAGAAUCGGGCCCCGAAUCCACGACGCCGUCGUCCUCGAUUGCCCCCGAGUCCCUCUACCCGGACACCAUGUCCUGCCGCUCCGCGUUUGACUAUGCGUUCUUCUGCCAAUCGUUCGGCGGCCAGUUCGUCAACGUCUACCGAUACGGCGAGCUCCGGUCGUGUAGUGAACACUGGGAUAACUUCUGGCUCUGCAUGAAGACCCGGACGUGGUCUGAGGCGUCGCGCAAGAAGGCCAUCCGCGACCACAACCGCAUGAAGGCGAUCAUAUUCAAGACAGGGCCCAGCAGUGAGGAUGUCUGGGAUUUGCGGACGGAGCCGGUGCAAAAGGCCUUUGGGGGCGAUUUUGUCGCGCUGGAGAGGCAAAUGAAGGCUGAGGAAGAGGCCCGUCAAAAAGCGGCGGCUGUUUAG